CCCAGUCCUCAAUGGCUUGAUGGGAAAAAUGGAUUUGCAGAAGAAAAUAAUCAUUUCCCCAGGAAAUAAGAGUCAAAGAACAACCCUUUGGAAUCUGCUAAGAGUCAACUUCAUCCACCUUCUUCUUUUUCUGCAGAGAUGCCCAUUUCUGAGGCCACCUGGACAAGGUCAACUGUGUCCUCAGCUGACAUGGAUGGAGUCAACAAUUACGUUAAGAACAGUCAGAUCAGCCACUGAAGCGAGUCCUAGACUGCUUUGAAGUGCAGGGAAGAAUAUGGCAUGAGGCCAGACCCAAAGGUCCCAGCACAUGUAUUUGUGUGACCAUAGUUACAGGAUCCAAAGAAAGGAUAGCCAAGCCUCACUGAUUUUAUUUUCAAUUAUUUUUAAAGCUUUUGAGUUCAGUGAACCCCAAGUACAUGCUUGUCAAGCAUUUCUUUUUCUACUUACUAGCUAAACCCAAACCUUAAAGUGAAAUUUAAUCUAGGUAUUUUGGAUUCAUAGCUACGAGACAUAUCAUCCAAAAACUGUUUUGUUAGAAAUAUUUGAUGUCCAAGGAAGCUUUUUAAGCAACUUUCCCUACAAACAGAAAGCUGCUUUGAUAGAGCUUUUAAGUCAGAUCCUCUCAAACUGCAAUUUUCAUCUGGAAAUCCAAAAUUAUGAUUUGAUUUGGAUUUCAUUACUUCAUGCCACCCCACCCCCUUUAAAGGUACAUGGAAUCACAUCACUUAAGCUUUGGCUGAGGAACUCUGCUGUCUCCCUAUUUUGUUAUUCGUUAUUUUUCUGCAGGUGAAAGUUAGUUAUUUUUCUGCCCACUGAGGAACCCAGAAUGAAGUUUUUGUCAGGAUGGGCACAUUGAAAACUUCACAUUUGACUUAACAGAGCAAGUUUUUAGAAGGAAUCAGUGUUGUACUAAUUAGUAGGGGAAAAUCAUUCUUUAAUGCUUUAAAAAUCAGUACUUAUCACUGGCUCACUAGGUAGUUGGCAUUCAUCCAUGAGUAUGGUGGAGAUUGGACAUUUCUGAAAACUAACAACCAGAUGUUUCCAGUGCUUAUGUGCAACAGUGUUAUUUUAGAAUUCUCAGUGAAAGUGAGGGGAUAAGGCUCUCCAUCAAGAGCAGAAAAGCUGUUGAUAUCAUUUGAGCUGUAUAUCAUGCUGUGGAAGUUUCCAACGUGUGUUCCUGGAGCAUCACCUGUGAGCUUGUUAGAUGUACAAAUUCUUGUACAUCCCAAACCUACUGAAAUCAGAAACUCCAUCCCAAACCUACUGAAAUCAGAAACUCUAACACUUCCAGGUGAUUCCGAUGCAGCUAAAGCUUGAGCACCUUUGUCAAGGUGGCGGAGAGGGUAGGCAUGGGAGCUUCACAGGGGCACUACUGCCACAUGCCAGCUGUUGAGAACUUGGGCAGAAGCAGAAUCCCAUGGUAGCCAGGUGGGUGAAGGGGAGCGAGGACGUCCCAUCUGCCUUGAAGAAGACGCCUUCUGACCUGCUGAGGGAGUGACCAGGUGGUCGCAAUUGCCUGACGAUGGAUGCCAUUCACAUCAGCAUGUCCAGUGCUCCCCUGGUGAAGCACACGGCAGGAGCUGGGCUCAAAGCCAACCGGCCCCGAGUCAUGUCCAAGAGUGGGCACAGCAAUGUGAGAAUUGACAAAGUGGAUGGCAUAUACUUACUCUACCUUCAAGACUUGUGGACAACUGUCAUUGACAUGAAGUGGAGAUAUAAGCUCACCCUGUUUGCCGCCACAUUCGUGAUGACCUGGUUCCUUUUUGGAGUGAUCUACUAUGCCAUUGCUUUUAUUCAUGGGGAUUUAGAACCAAGUGAGGAUGUUUCAAAUCACACCCCCUGCAUCAUGAAAGUGGACUCUCUCACUGGAGCAUUUCUGUUUUCUCUGGAAUCCCAGACUACCAUUGGCUAUGGAGUCCGCUCCAUCACUGAAGAAUGCCCUCAUGCCAUUUUUUUAUUGGUUGCUCAGCUGGUCAUUACGACCCUGAUUGAGAUCUUCAUCACGGGCACCUUUCUGGCCAAGAUUGCCAGACCCAAAAAGCGGGCAGAGACCAUCAAGUUCAGCCACUGUGCUGUCAUUACCAAGCAGAAUGGGAAGCUGUGUUUGGUGAUCCAGGUGGCGAACAUGAGGAAGAGCCUCCUGAUUCAGUGCCAGCUCUCAGGCAAGCUCCUCCAGACCCAUGUCACCAAGGAGGGGGAGCGGAUUCUGCUCAACCAAGCCACUGUCAAAUUCCAUGUGGACUCCUCUUCUGAGAGCCCCUUCCUCAUCUUGCCCAUGACAUUCUACCACGUAUUGGAUGAGACGAGCCCCCUGAGAGAUCUCACACCCCAGAACCUGAAGGAGAAGGAGUUUGAACUCGUGGUCCUCCUCAACGCCACCGUGGAAUCCACCAGCGCAGUCUGCCAGAGUCGCACAUCUUAUAUCCCAGAAGAGAUCUACUGGGGCUUCGAGUUUGUGCCUGUGGUUUCUCUCUCAAAAAAUGGAAAGUAUGUGGCUGAUUUCAGCCAGUUUGAACAAAUCCGGAAGAGCCCAGAUUGCACCUUUUACUGCGCAGAUACUGAGAAGCAGAAACUGGAAGAGAAGUACAGGCAGGAGGAUCAGAGGGAAAGGGAACUGAGAACUCUUCUGUUACAACAGAGCAAUGUCUGAUGGCGGCAGCCACCCCUGGUUUGACUCUGUGAGCUAUUUCCACCUCUGAGCUCCUUUCGAACGCAAAGGUCACCACGAGAAUGGAAAUGUGUGGAUUCACUCUAAAACACUGCACAGACAUACAAAAUCCACUUUUUUCCCUGGCACCUGAGCAAGCGUUUCUGUGUUUGAGAAGGUUCCUUUUCAACAUGCUUUGUCUGAAGCAAACUCUCAAAAUUCAUAUUUUCUAAGAUGGGGCUGUAUUUCCAAAAAUUUGGUGUAGGGCAACUGAAAUCAUGUCGGGCUGGGUGGACAGUUAGCAAUGCUGCUGUUGAAAGGAAAUGCAUUUCUACACAGGAUAUCAGCAAUAACGCAAGGUAUUUAUUCUAAACAAGUAUCAAAGACGUUAUGGCCAAGAGUUGAAAUGUGGUUCAGUAUCCCUUUAUACCAUUGCUUUAUAACACCCUCUUUUUAGGCAGAGAAAAUGUUAUAUUUAAUGGAGGCUAUCAGGUAAUGGAGUCAAGGGGACUCUGUGCUCACAAAAAUAAUAAUUCCAUUCUUACCUCUUUGCAAUGGAUUUAAUUGUGCAGAGUGAAAUAGAACCAAUCAGGUAUUAAGGACUGUGAAACAUAUACAAAUGGAGUUGACUCCUUUGUUCACAGUAAUUUUUUUGUUGGAAUGUACUAGUCAUUUUCUAUUCAAAAUGUAGCUCACAAACCAGCAGUAUCAGCACCGUCCAGGAGCUUAUUAGCAAUAUAGACUCUGUGGCCCCAGCCAGACAUCGAGAAAUAGUCUGUAUCUUCACGAGAUCUCCAAGUGAUUUGUAUACUAAAGAAAGCCUAAAAGAUGGAAAAAUUUCAGGGGAACUUUCUAAAGCCAUAGCACGCCGUGGGUCCCAAACCCACAUCGUCUCCAGACCUGUCCUUCUUUCUUCAGCUUAUUAUUAUGGGCCAAUAUUCUUAUCAGCCAUUUUGUUCCUUGUCUGUUAAAAUUGUCCACUAAGGAACUGCCACUGAUAUUCCAAAAUAAAAAAAAAUCACUUGAGAAUAAUGGUUGCCUCACUCAUGCUAAGCAUAUGCAUGUUGACUACAGUUAGCACAAAAGAAAAAUGAAGCUGCAUUUCAAUCAGAAAUUUGCUCAGAUGUUGAAGCCUACAAGGUUGGAUGGGGCCAUGAGGAACAAGAAGAGCCGAGGAUAAUGAAUUCACAUACAGAUGACUCUUUGAAGCAUGAAUGGGAUUGGAUGAUAUGAUGACAUGUAAAGAAUGCCUUCAAUAUUUAAAUAAAUCUCAUGCAACUGA